CCCAGCUCCCUGCCGCCGUUGUCACCAACCGUCAUAACCAGUCGCAGAACUCCAUUUUUCAAGCAUUUUGACUUUCCUUUUUUUUUUUUUUUGGUUCAUUCUCUUUUGGCUAUAUUUUUGUUAACCCGAUAAACCUAGUGAGCGUAUCUGGCUUGAGGUAGGGAUCGGGAAAACUAAAAGCCUCUUGAAAUUUAGCUGGGUUUAGAGGUAUGGACAUCAACAGUGAAGAGGAAGAUGGAGAAUUGGGAUUCUCGAGAAACUAUUUUUUGGCAAAGGAAUUGGGCUCCUCGAGCAAGAAAUCAACUCACAAGCUUUCCGACAUUGACGUUGUCGAUGAACAGGAAUUGAGGGCUGCAGCAGCCAAUAUCGAGCCGAAGCAUGAGAAGGAGAUUGCCACAUUAAUUGAUGGUUAUAAAAAUAUAUAUUCUGCAUGGGUUUUUGCCCUAAGGUGUGAUUUUUCCUUACUAAUGUAUGGCUUUGGGUCUAAGAAGGCUUUACUUGAAGAUUUUGCUUCGACGGCAUUGGCUGAAUAUUCUGUAAUUGUUAUCAAUGGUUAUCUUCCAGCCAUAAACUUAAAACAGGUUGUGAUAGCUUUAGCUGAAUUGUUAUCAGAUCAAGUAAAAACUAAACAGAAGGUUCUCAAAAGUGAGCAACCAUUCAGUUCUCAAUCCAUGGAAGACCUUCUUGCAUUUUUGGAUGGAGCAGAAACAGAAGAGGAAGAUUGUUUUGUUUGUGUUGUCAUUCACAAUAUUGAUGGGCCUGGAUUGAGAGACUCUGAAACCCAACAGUAUCUUGCUAGACUAGCUACUUGUUCCCACAUUCGUGUUGUUGCCUCAAUUGACCAUUUAAAUGCUCCUCUUCUCUGGGACAAGAAUAUGUUUCACAAGCAAUUUAAUUGGUGCUGGUAUCACGUCCCCACCUUUGCCCCAUACAAGGUUGAAGGGAUGUAUUAUCCUUUGAUUCUCGCUCAGGGUGGUUCCAAUCAAAGUGUUAAAACAGCUGCAAUAGUAUUGCAAAGUUUGACACCCAAUGCCCAGAGUGUAUUUAAGGUUCUUGCAGAACAUCAACUCUCUCAUCUUGAUGAGGAAGGCAUGCCAAUCAGUGAUCUUUACUCGGUCUGUCGAGAACGCUUCCUUGUAAGCAGUCAGGUUACACUGAAUUCCCACUUGACUGAGUUUAAAGACCAUGAAUUGAUCAAGGUUAGGAGGCAUUCCGAUGGUCAAGAUUGCUUAUUCAUUCCUCUGGCGGCUGAAGCACUCCAGAAGGUGUUGCUGGAGAUCAAUCAAUAGUGUUGAUUUUGACUAGAAUGAAACCAAAUGGCAUUAGUGAAAGAAGUUGCUUAUGCAAUGUUAAUUUUCAUUUUCAUCUGUCACUAUCGGAUUCUCAACCAGAUGCACAGCUCAUUACCUCCUAGAUUUGUGGAGGGGUCAAAUUGGGCAUAACAAGUAUUACAUGGUCGUUAAAUCUAUCCCACGCUCACGAGCCGAGGAAAAAGUUUAACAGGCUCAUUUAUGUCACCCGCUAUUCUUUCUGGGCUCUGGGCCAUCCUCUCGCGUUUCGUCAUGCAAAUGUUGUGGAUAGACUGAUGGAACAGUAAUCUGGAUUUUAUUGUGUAUCUAGCGAAGCUAGGUGAAUGGAAACAGUAGCUUCGGACCUUAAAAUUUGAAA